GGCGGCGGCGGCGGCGGCGGCGGGCAGCGGGGGGCGGCGGCGUGAGGGCGGCGGGGCCCGACCCGACCCGACUCGACCCUGCCUGGCGUGCGGCCUUCUCCCGGCGCUAUGCAGGCGGCGGCGGGGGAGGACGGCGAGGAGCUGCCGCGAGAGGCCCGCGUCCUGGGCUCGGAGCUGGUGGAGAGCUACACGGUAUACAUCAUUCAGGUCAGUGUUGGCAGUCAUCAGUGGACAGUCAAACAUCGUUACAGUGAUUUCCAUGACCUGCAUGAAAAGCUUGUCUCAGAAAAGAAAAUAGAUAAAAAUCUGUUACCUCCAAAGAAGAUUAUUGGAAAAAAUUCCAAAAGCCUGGUGGAGAAAAGACAAAAGGAAUUAGAGGUCUACCUGCAAACUCUUCUAUCCAAGUUUCCUGUUACUGCCCCAAAAGUUCUGUCACACUUCCUACACUUUCAUUUAUAUGAGAUCAAUGGGAUCACUGCUGCGUUGGCCGAAGAGCUCUUUCACAAAGGAGAGCAGUUAUUAAUGGCUGGAGAAGUCUUUACCAUCAGACCCUUGCAGUUAUAUGCCGUCACUCAACAGUUGCUACAGGGGAAGCCUACAUGUGCUAAUGGAGAUGCCAAAACAGAUCUGGGUCAUAUUCUAGAUUUCACCUGUAGGCUCAAGUAUUUAAAGGUAACUGGAGCAGGGGGAUCCUUUGGAACCAGUAACAUUCAGGAGCAUCUCUUGCCUUUUGAUCUGUCAAUUUUUAAAUCACUUCAUCAAAUAGAGAUACUUCAUUGUGGGGGAAAGCUUAUAAAAGGGCUGACUUCAUCGAAACACACUCUAGCCACAAUGAGCGUUCGAUUCUCGGCAACAUCAAUGAAGGAAAUCCUGGUGCCAGAGGCCUCAGAGUUUGAUCAGUGGGAGCCAGAGGAUGCAUCUUCAAGUUGUCCAGUGACUGCAGUUAUUCCAACUUGGAGAACUUUAACAACUUUGGAUAUGAGUCACAAUAACAUCUCUCAAAUUGAUGAUUCAGUGAAAUUAAUUCCGAAGAUUGAAUUCCUGGACUUGAGUCACAACGGAGUGUCACUAGUAGAAAACUUACAGCAUCUUUAUAACCUUGUUCACCUGGACUUAUCCUACAACAAGCUUACAUCACUAGAAGGUGUUCACACAAAACUGGGAAACAUCAAAACUCUGAAUUUAGCAGGAAAUCAGUUGGAAAGGCUGUGUGGUCUUAACAAACUCUAUUCAUUAGUCAACUUGGAUCUCAGCAACAACACAAUAGAACAGAUUGAUGAAGUAAAAAAUAUAGGAAGCCUCCCAUGCUUAGAAAAAGUGGUCUUAUCCAGCAAUCCACUGAGCAUCAUCCCCGAUUACCGGACCAAAGUACUUGCUCAGUUUGGGGACAGGGCUUCAGAGGUGUGUUUGGAUAACGUUGUUACCACAGAAAAGGAACUAGACACUGUGGAAGUGCUGAAAGCUAUUCAAAAAGCAAAGGAAGUAAAGUACAAGCUGAGCAACUCUGAUAAAAAGAUCAGUGAGGACUCCAGGCUUACUGCUGCCAGCUCCAAAUCAAACUGUUCUUCUCUUACUGUUCGUCCUUCUUCUCCCUCUCUGCCUCGUCCUGUCAGCUCCAGCCAAGAAAUAAUUUGUGAAGAAACAGUCCUAGCUAGCAGUUCUUUGCAAUCCAGUGAAUCGACUCCUACAGACCAUACAGUUCCCCAGAGAUGCUUUGAAAUACCAGAUUCCAGAUGUAAAAAUCAGGCACCUGCCUCUCUAUCGGACUCGUGCAAAGAACAUGGAAGAGGUGGACAUACGUGUUUGGAUUGUUCAGAGGAAGAACACUGUGCCGUGCCUGACCCCAGUAACACCAUCAUCUUGCCUUUCAACUGCAUGUCAUACACUGCCACAAACCAGGAUUUUAUCCAGCACCUUUCUGCCUUGAUAGUUCAGACUGCGCAGAGAUCACCCCACUCCUUUACAGAGAAUAAAGGAAGCCCUCUGUGUGAUUCCAGAACCACAGACAAAGAAGAUGGAUAUUUUGAAAUGGGACUUCAUGAAGGAGAUCAGACUUUUGAGUUCAACACAACUUCAGAUACUCAAUCAUCUGACAGCACAGCAGUGAAGAGCGUUGACAUAGUCAAAAUUCUCUGGAGUUUCACUAUUCACAUUCAUAAGGGAUUCAGGCAGUUUGCUUCCUGUUUGGUUUUGACUGAUGAUCUGCUAGCUGUGUUUGAGAUUCUUCCUCAGGAAUUGAGAGGAAAUUGCCAGCAUAUCCCCUCUGCCUUGAAAUUAAUGCUAUGUUUUCCAUACACUGAUAUAGCAGAAUUUGGAUUUUUCAUGCCAGAAAUCUGUUUAACACUGAAGCUGAAAAACAGCAAUAACUGCUUGCUUGUUGUUUCAGACUCCCAGAAUCUUCAAGAUUUUUAUUCCUGUUUGCACACGUGUUCUCAACACUGCACAUCAGUGUUACUAAGCUCCACAAUAUACUGUGGAAAUGCAAACCUCCGAGAGUUUCUUUGUCAGCUUAUGGAAUUGAAUUGCAUUCCAUCAGAGGAUGUGGAGAUAAAAGGUUGUUUCCUAACAUACCUUGUUUACGGGAGCAAAAACAAUGUUCAAAAAACCUUGCAUCAUCCAGAGCCAGCUGGCAAUAACAAAGCAUGGUCAAAAAAUGUUUUGUGUUCAGCACUUUAUUCUUCGAUGUACAAGUCUUCUGACCAGGGCCCCUGUGUGUUCUAUCCCUGUUGGGUGUUUCUAACACCCCAGCAUUUGUACAUAGUCAAAGUGGAUUUCAGUUUACUGCCAAGCAAAUGGGUAGGCACAGAAGACUUGAGAAGUGUUCUUAUGCUGAAUAGGAUUCCGUUAGCAUCAGUCGUGCUACAUCCGACUCACGUGUCUGUUCAACAGAAGGGUUCAUUUUUGGAUGGGCAUGUGUUGGAGUUGCUCAUUGGAUACAGAUUUGUUACAGCGGUGUUUGUUCUACCUCACGAGAAAUUCCACUUUCUAAGAAUUUAUAGUCUCUUAAGGACACUCCUGCAGGAUGUUAAGACUAUUGUUAUUUUCAAAGCUUCAAACAAAUCAGAUGCUGCAAGAAAUCACGCUUUGGAGUCAAACAGACAUGGUCCAUCAGCAAGCUUUUCCAAGCCUCAUCUGACUCUGUCAUCUUUAUAUCCAUCUGAAUUUCUUAUGCAGAAGAUUACAGAAGAUAACCAGGUUCCAAUUCACCUACAUGUUUCUGCAUCUCUGCAGCAUGUGGCUGGGCUGAAAGGAAGUGCCCUAGUUGAAUUUUUCCAUGGCAACAUUGCAGAGGUGGAAAAUGAAGAGCUGAGGCAUCUCAUGUGGUCUUCAGUUCUGUUUUACAAAACUCCCAAUGUGGAAGUGAUGGCUUGUGUGCUUCUCUCAACAAAAGCUAUUUACUUUCUGUUGGACGAUUCUUUCAUUCAUGCGGAUGAGCAUCAGUUAGAGUUUUGGAACGAAGAACACUCAGAUUGUGAAAAUGACUCUUUCCACCUCUCUUGCUGCUUUGUGUUAAAACUUAAUGAUCUGCAGUCAGUAAAUGUUGGCCUGUUUGACCAAUACUUCAGAAUUACUGGACACUCUGCAGAUCAUAUUGUCACUUGCCUAACAAGAGACAGUUACAACACUCAUGCUUUCAUGCAGCAGCUUAUGGCAGUUCUGUCAUUGCUUGCACGCACACCUUCACCAGAGCCAAUAGAUAAAGACUUCUACUCCGAAUUUGGGAGUAAAAACACUGGAAAAAUGGAAAAUUAUGAACUGAUUCACUCAAGCAGAGUAAAAUUUAUUUAUCCCAAUGAAGAGGAGAUUGGGGACCUUGCUUUUCUAGUGGCAGAGAAGAUGGAUGAUUUGACUAAUCUUCAGUCCCUCAAUAUCCUUCUGUAUGUGUUGGCAUUUCAAGUAAAUCAUGUUGAAGGAUCUACCCAAAACACUAGUUCACUUCAACCUAAAACACUUAUAUUAACCAGCUCUGAUUUGUUUCUCUUUGAUGAAGAUUACAUCAGUUACCCACUACCUGAAUUUGCGAAGGAACCACCAAAGAGAGAUAAGUAUCAGCUUGCAGAUGGAAGAAGAAUCCGGGAUUUAGAUAGAGUCCUUAUGGGUUAUCAGACAUAUCCACAGGCCCUUACCUUUGUGUUUGAUGAUGUUCAGAAUCAGGAUCUGAUGCAGAACUUAACACUGGAUCACUUUGGAGACACUGAUAAUACCCCAAAGGGUAAUGUUAAACAAGAAGGCAGCAGGAGCAGAGAGAUCCAGUGGUACAUCUUUAUCCCAAGUGCAGAAAGCCGAGAGAAGUUAAUUUCAUUGCUUGCAAGACAGUGGGAGAUACUGUGUGGUAGGGAGCUGCCUUUGGAACUCACUGGGUAAUUACUGCACAGCUAAGUGAUUUCAGUGUCUAUUAUAAAGUAAAGCACAGCAUUUAAAUAGAGUCUGUCAAAUUCUGUAUUUUUAUUAAGGAGCUGAACUGGACUCCCUUGCUCCCUAGUGCAGUGAACAUUUAAUAGUCCAUACAAAUAUUCUGAAGUGUUAGCUAGGGAUUUAACUUUUUGUAAAGUAUUUUUUAUGCAACAGUAUAUAGUGAAAAAAACUCAUGAGACAUCCUGGGAAACUGUAUGGAAAAAAUAAGGAGUCAACACUAGAUAUGCUGUCUUCUAGGGCUGUUAAGGUUUCUGCUGUUUCUCUGUAUAUAUCAGUCUUGAUGUUCUAUACAAAUUCUAAUGUGUAAAUAAUGGUAAAUGCUUGUGUAAGUUCAAGUGCAAUGUUCUUUGUACAAGAUGUAUUUUGGGUAUGCUGCUAAUGCUUAUUAUUUAAUGACCUUAGUUUUACGUAUUUUUUUCCUUUCUGAGGCCAAAUGUAAUUAUUUGCUGCCAAUUGUGAACUUAACAGUAAAAUUUGAGUGACAGGCAGGUGACACUUUCUCAUGAGAUUAGUCUGAGCAUUCUUUUUUCUUAGCCUAGGGAAAAGAAUUGCCUGUGAAAGUCUACUCAGAAAAGUCUGUUCAGUGUAGUCUUGAAAAUGGAAAUACACAACAUGGCUAUACAACUGUUGUCAGCAAAUAAUUAAUUUACCUCUGAACACCAAGUCUUUUGCCUAUUUUGUCAAUACAAAUAAAGUGUAAUUUGACAGUUUUC